AUGGCUUCGAAUGCUACUAACGUAGUCAAGAACCAGUUAUCUCGAGACCUCACAGCAAUUUUGCAAGUCACUCGCGAAAAACGAGGCAGAACCGCAAGUUUCAAAAGCUCUAAAGAUCCGACAAGUCAAGAAGUGUCCUAUUACGGUGAUGUUGCUCAACAACUUGUGGCAUUAGUAGACCAAGUAAUGCGAGCAUCCCCAGAGCAGCUUAGUACAAUUGAUAAGAUUGACUUAUUUGUGAAAUUCGGAGACAAGUUCUACCAAUGUCAAGAGUAUCAUUCUGCUUCGUUGUUUUUCUACCAAAAUGUUCUAAAGCUUGACAUAUUCUGCCAUCAAAAUGGCUUUGAACACAGUCUCAACUCGAUCGAAACCCAAACAAAGGUCUUGAGUCUUGUGGAGGGCCAAGCGUACAUUCGAUCUCUUUAUGGUUUAGCCAUGUGCUCCUUUCACGCUCAAAAGCGGUCGGAUGAACUAAUGAGAUAUCCAGGUUCUCUCGGAAGAAUGAUUGAGGCAAUGACUGCCUUACGACGUGGAAUGGAAAUCGCGCUGGACAUGGAGCGUCAGCAUCCGGAUAAAUUUUCCUGGCUAACGCUAAAUGGCACGAUUCUUAUCUAUUCCAUUGCAAAGCCUUUGCAGACUCUCGGAUUCGCCAAAGAAGUGGUCGUAUAUUUAAAGUACAGUUUGCUUGCGAUGGAAUCAAUAGAGGCACUGAGUACAACCACUUACAUCUUAUGGCGUAUACAACUUGGCUCAACUAUCUGUGAUUGCUACCAAGACGCAGCCGUUAAAGAAGAAGGCAACGCUAAUCGUCAUAACCAAUCUGCUGUGGCAUGUGCACUCUAUCUUCAGCAAAUAGUCCAGCGGCUUCGCAAAGAGGAAGAGCUAGAUAUGCCGCUUCCUGAUAAUGUCCAGCAAAUUCUGCUACAAUCAGAGACGGCAUCUGCUCUGUUGCUUUUCAGACUGAAAGCCACUGCAGCGCAUCAACCACAUACCAAAAAUGCAAUUGUGUCAGCAUUUUCAUCGUCGCACGACCAGCUUCGGGCUGCGAUUGAUGCUAUACAGGCGUGGCUACGUCAAGAUCGCCAGAGGCGUGGUGGACAAGUUUUGUCCAUAAUGAAACCAGCAGUCUCACCUCCGAACGGCACACUGCUCGAGCUUUUUGAAUUUGUCAUGACUAUCGUAACGCCAAUGCUAAGAUCAUUUGUCGAAGUUGAAGAAGCAACAGCGGCUACGAAAUCCAUAAUGCUUGAUGUAGUCCCCUUCUCAAUUUCAUUUCAUCUUAUUACAAUCAGAACGUGUCUUCAGCUAGGACAGCCCGACGAACAAAUGAAUUUGCUUACAAAAAGUGCGCAUGCACGACUACAAGGCACAUCAAGUGAGUUAUCUGCAGCAAAUGCUGCAACGAUCAAGUGUGUGAUAGCACUGUAUGAUACGCUUUAUGACGUGCAGCAAUCUUGGGCUAAGUGGGAAGCUCUGUCAGAUGAAGAGCGCUUACAGUCAACGCUGCAUUUGCGGCUGACAAUUUCGAAUGUCACAAUACCAUCGUCCGUAUUGCUGACACGUUUAUCGAACGCAGUACAAAUGUGUGUGAGUCACGGCAGUGGUGCAAUUGCUUGGGCCACUCACGACUUGUUGACAUGUGUAGCAUUGCAAAUGUGGCGUGAGAUGGGCAUCGUAUUGUUAAAAGAGCUAGAUGCAACUGAUAUUGCAUGCUUACCAGAAUCAUUGGUUUUCUUAACAUGUGAUCUGCUGCUGACAAUCCACAUCACGCUCAUCGCCGUCAAAUUUGACGAUCUCUUGCUCCUCGGGCACAUUGCUUUGUGCUUGGCAACACUAUUGUCGAUCAGAGGAGAGGCACGCAAAGGCAGUCAAGUUGUGCGAAAAUGCCUGGAUCAAAUUGACUUACGGAGAUGUGAAGUGGUGGAUUUUUCAUCUCACUUUCAAUCUGUCGUCGAUGUAAAAUCAACCACAUAUCUUUCCGGUGCUUCAUUUUCAUGUAAUUUAGAGAAUAUGAAUAGGGUCGAUACCGAAGCAGCUACUGCACGAGAUAAUGUUGGUAUACAAGGCACAGGGUCCCUGCUUGGGAGUCUUCAUCAAAGCUUAUGCUGCCUUCAAGUCGAUUUGUUAAUGUUGAUGUAUCGUCUGGAGCUUCAAGCUGCCAAAAUGAUCGACACUGCUUCUAAUGUGUCUAUUAGACAUUCCCUGCUACUUAUGACGGAAGCGACACUUUACAAUGAGUGCCUUCAAAAUGACUACAUGAAAGUGCUUUUCAAUAUUCAGCGCCUUAACCUCCCAGAAAAAUCAAUCAAAAAACGACGAAAACUCGCAGAUGAAUGUUCUCAGCUUUUGAAGAAACUGGAGCGUCAAGAAGAAAAGCUUUGUCGUCAGCUGGCACCAAUUGCGGCCUCACCAGCGUCCGCAGUCCCUGCUGCUCCAAUCAUCCUAUCUCGCUCAAGCAACUCAAUUAUACUUCAAGUUGUGCCGUAUCAUCCUUCUGGUCCGUCAUUUAGAACUAAAAGUGUGCAGUACUACAUGGUUUUCGCCAAAUCUGUUGGUUCAGGCACUAAUGUCUCCUUGACGAGCAACGAACUGCCGGGAACAGCCACGCCAAUAUAUCCGCCACAAACAAAUGCAAAAAUUACAGGUUUGUUACCCAACGAAAGCUACGUCUUUGCUGUGGCUGCUUUCGAUAAAAACAAUCAAGUGAUAAAUUCCAUAGGCGAGACCUCUGAACCGGUAGUAGCGCUGAAUCCGCUGCCUUUACGUAUGUGUUAUGGAUACCUGGCUCUGGCAUGCUACGAUGCCCAACUAAUAGCAGGAGCUACUCGUGCGGCGAGUAAUUUAAGCAACACCAUUACUUCCAAUGUCUGUGCUGAGAACCCACCGUUGAUAGCAAGUCCGUUCAACAAACAAUCACUGAAGCGGGAAGUAGUGGUGCGACUUCCUCAACCAAUUUUAAAUCUCUGCAUCCAAGCUUUACUCAUCUUGUGUCACAAUGAGUCUGAAGACCACAAUCAAGAAGGUGAAGAUAUCAUAUCCUCUAAUUUGGAUGCUGAGUCUUUAGUUGAGAUUCAAAGAGUAGCACUUGAAAAUAGCCACAGGAUCUCAAUUGGCGUUGAAAUUGCUUGUUUAACGGACAAUCAGGAAGCUAUACGAGUGCUGUGCUUUAAAGGAUAUCGCUUGCUGCUUCCCUUGUUUCGAUCAAAAGGAUGCUGCAACAUACUGACGUUUGCCACUCUAGUGACGUAUUACCAAGCGUUAAAGUUGAUCUCAGAAGCAGAAUGGGAUGUCGACACGCGGAAAAUAGGUGCACGCAUCGGCUUUGAGCUGCUUCGAAUUGCUCGAGAAUUACACAGCGACGUUGCUCGAAUUGCUUCUUCCCUGAUACUCAGCACUAAUUUGGAGACCGAGCAAGCUUCUCCUGAGAGCAAGAUCGAAACGACAAGCUUCCAGGAAGUUCUGGCUCUCUUUCAGCUUGCUGCUAACGCACAUGAAGAUACGCCGGCGGCUGGAGCCCCUCUUCGACAUGUAAACUCAAAUGCGUCUGCAACCUCAGGCGGUAUCAAAGGAAAAAUUCCUACGUUACAAAAUGCUGAAGAGGCAGACAGCAUGACAGCACAAGAAAAGAUCAAAAGCUUGAGUGAGAUCGUCCGACUUGUUGCUGACAAUAAUCUAUCCACGAUCUUAAAGACGCUACAACAGAUGAGCAAUUCGGAUUGUCAAGCGCUUGAGUUUGCAUGCAAGGUCGCUUGGACUCUCUUAAAAACAAAAUUUCAAUAUGUUACCCAACUUGGCGAGUUCUUGGCAUCUCUGAGGGUCACGCCUGUGAUCAGCACUUACUUUCGGGAGACGCUGACCUCACUCGGUGGUGCCUUCCUCUUGCCCGAGCUGACAGAUGCUAAUGAAGCAAAGCCAAGCGGUGAUUUAAAUAAUGAAGGGAUAAAAUCACCUGAGAGUAUAGUUAAUAAGUCUGCACCGAAUGAUGACUAUAUGUUCAAGUGGUGUGGUGAGCUGUUCUUCAUCCAAUCCGUCAUAGUAUACCAAGAGAUCGCCAAGCGUAGCAAAAGUAUUGACAAUGUAGACGUUGCGAAAGGACCCACUGGAGACUGCGUAUAUGGCUAUCCAUACGUCUUCGGAAAGAGCGCGGAUCAGAUCAACCGAGAAGAGGAUGAUGAGACUGCUUUAUCGCCAAGAGGUCAAACUCGUCGCACUGAUUCUUCGCAAGACCGAGAAUUUCUUGGAGACACUGGUAUUGCAGAUUCCAUCGACAAUCACUUGGAUCAAUUAUUCGGAACGAUUCUCGAAAAAACGGCAGCGUGUUGCAAGCUUUUUCAACUAGCAAAGUGUUGGCAAGGUCUCCAAGCUGCGGUUCGACAGCUUUGGAAUGCAAUUUGCCUUGCGUGGGUGCCUCCGACUCGAGUCAGUGCAUCGCCAACUUGGCAAAAACACUUUUUAACGUGUACUGAAGCCCUUUUAGAUAUGAUGGACUCGACGGCAACUACAGCCGCGAAUCAGAGCAAGACACCACUGAGCGCAGCAACAUCUAAUAUUUUUGACGCCAACGCCCUCGACGUUGACCAUGCUUGUGUUGCAAGAGUAGUAACGUAUUCCUUAAAAGCAUUGUGCUCUUCUAAAGACUGGAAGGCUAUCGUGGAAAUAGGAGGACGAUAUCAAUUGUUGUCUAGUCACAGCAUAGACGGCAGCCUAUUCUCCCAGCAAAACUUUCUCGUAAUGAUAUUUGCACAGAAGCAAGUGAUGUAUCAACAUGAAGCGCUUUUGGCAGCUGCAAAAGAAGAAGUUAAAGCUUUAAUCACCUUGAAUCAAGGACAAGAAGUCAUCGCGAAAGAGUCAAUUUUGGUGGAAGGAGAAGAUGCGCAUCAAGCGCAGGCAUUCCAAGCGAUCCAGCGAGAAAAAGAGCAGCAAAUUCAACAACUCACCGUCGAGAGGGACCUUGAGCUUAAAAAGCUGACUCACAUGAAUGAACUCAAUGACAGAUUCACGAAAAUUAUCAACAAGGGUCAGCAAAUGCUUCACACUUGCCAUCAGAUGAUAGAACAGUACAGUCGACUUGAACACCGCAACGAUCCACCAAAUCAAAAAGAGCUUGCAGCACUUCGACAUCAAAUAAUCGGUCUAUUCAAACGAUGCGUAGCUUCGGCUCGACAAAAGCGUCAAAAGCAACUGAUAUGUCAAGCCCUUCAAGAAAUGGGGGACUUUUACCUCGCGUCUGGAGAUCUCAAAGCUGCUAACAAAUGCUGGCUUGAGUCGCUGGAUAAUGCUUUUGGCACACUCAAUGUUUGUGCCUCAUGGCGCGAUAUUUUGAUUUCAGCUGUAGACUCUUUUACCAAUCGCAACGAUGCCAACAAGGAUCAAUUUGCUGGGAAUGACCUCUGGGUAGGCAUUCAAAGCUGCUGCGUAUUGUCAAAGCUGAUAAUGCAUUCGACCGGCACCGAUAUGCAUGAAUCAAUCAAUUAUGCACUGAUGGCAGCAGCAAUUUUCACUCGUUGUUAUGGGUGUCCAAUGCCACUCCAAGAAAAAUGCUCUUUGUACGGAUCGUGUCGAAUGCAUGGAUUCCAGUGGCCAGGAUGGAAAAUCUUUUCAGACCAGGAUGGCGUCAGCUCGUUCUCACUAACCAUAAUGCUGAUGUUAGUUCCCGAAGUUUUGUUGCUGUACAAGCAACAAUAUGCUUCCACUGCGAUGCCGGUCAUCAAGGGCUACGAGUAUGUCGCCCAAAAUUGUCUUUGCGAUGUUAAUCAUGUCGCAAAUGCACGAAGGCUUCAAAUUGAGGCACUUAUCCAUUGUGGGCGCUUUCAAGAAGCCUGGCGAUUUUUGAUGGAGCUACUUCAAGGUGGUACAACAGUUUUGGAGAAUAUAAAUUCUUCCGAACUCAAUACAAUCACGUUUCACGACGAAAAGCUAUUGGUAGACGAUCGCAAUCGGGCUGCAAUAAAUUGGUUGAGCACUUUGAAGGUCGAGGUGAUCCAAACAGAGCUUCGAAAGCACUACCCCAUGACGCUUGUGGUACAUAUCUUAGCAUUAAUUUUGCAUCUUGCUACUGCAAUGGCUAAGCAUGAGAGCAGAUACGACCGUGGCGCUGCAAUCAUUUGCUCUGCAGCUAAAAAUAUGGCACAUACGCUGUUGUCGCUAUUGAGACCGAUCGAUGUAACUGCCAGUCAGGUCACCGAAAGUGAACCAAACAAAAAAGGCAGCGAGGACACUUCUUCGUAUCCAUUGCAGCAGUCACUCUCGUGGGAAAAUGUUCAGCUUUAUCGCAUUCGAGCGGAUGUGCUUCUUCAGUUAAGUCGUCUUUCAUUUUACGAAGGCGAUUGGAUCGCAUCAAAGGCUAGUAGCAUGGACGCUAUUGAAGAGUUUGAUGCAAUCUCUCGAAACCACAAUCAACCAAUGCACUUAGAGUUGGAUCAAAUUCUGAAAUUCUCGCUGCUAGUUCCUCGUGGUUCGUUUGUAGCCGAAUGUCAGUCACAAAUUGCUAGUUGCUGCCUUGCUCAGGCUGACUAUCGGACUGCACAUGAAGUCGCUCAAAUUGCAAUUGAAGAGACGAAAAAAAGCGGCGAAGUUCAUGUUCGACAGCAGUUGGAGCUGCAACGAUUGCAAGCGGCGGUAUUUCUUGGCAAUCGUGAACAGACUGAGCAAGCGCUUAUUGCCUUAAAACACGAUGCGCUGGCAACUCACACAACAACAUCGCUUACUUAUACUCGCACGUUGCUAACUUUGAGCUCGCUACUCCGCUCAAAGGCGCUGAUUUCCGGUAACCCAUCCAAUUUAAAGGCAGUCGAUGAGUGCCUCAGUGAAGCAGAAGUUUUGCUCAAUGUCUUGUUGAAACACGAUGGUUGGACAGGCGUAAACGUGUCAUCGCUUCAGCAGAAUGAGGAAAGACUUAAUUUGUAUCGACCUGCCGUGCCCGACUUGGUGCAGGUCAAUGCUGAGCUGACGCAAGUGCUGCUCGAAUACCCCCUAAAUCCUGAGUUCGAGAGCGUGCAUACACGUCAAAAAAGAGCAUUGCGCCUCGUUGAGGCUGGAUUACGUUCUCUAGAGCACACGACGCAGCGUAUGUUAGCCACCAAAGCACGGCUUCUACUGUUCAAGGGCAUUUUGAUCUCAAAACUUCUGUUCUCCACUACAACAGAAUUUGCUGAAUCCAAGCCACGUUGCGUCGAUAAGAAUAUUGCACAGCGCUUCGAUGAGUGCGUUGAAGCAUUUCUCAGCUGUAUCAAGUCGUCAAUUGAAGAUGGAUAUGACCGCCGCUUAGUUCAGUUGGCAUUAAUACAGCUAGUUGAUAUUUUUAGUCGAAAAUUGGUUCCAGGUGACGAGGACACACACGUUCAAGCUGCAUUUCACUAUUUAAAGGUGGCAGUCGUUGUACAAAAGCACGAAUUUGUACUGUUCAACACGCUUGAACUGCAAAGUGGCGCGAUCACUUCCGUGAACAAUCUCCCGGCUUCGGUUCGCGCUGCCAUCAACGCACAAUUCGAUGCAACAGAGAAUAGCUGCUCGGCACGAUUGGAUGAGAAUGCUUCUGAUACUAGCCACAUUGUCAAUUAUUUCGUGCGCUUGCUUCGAAUGCAACGUAUUCUUCCAAUCGCCACUACAGAACUUCAAGAUACUGCUGCUUUUCUCCAUCGCUUCUUGAUGCAAAAUCACUCAGAGUAUACUCGCGUGGCUUGCUUGGCGAACUUGCCUCCUGUUUCUUCCACCGAUCCAGAAAUUUGUACAGGCUUGGUGUGUUGUAUCUGGGGUCACGAACUUGCUCCAGCUAUCGCGACCCCUUCGACAAAUACCACCGAGCUCACACUUUAUUUCGCGCUUGGAACGACCAGUAUUUCCAUUUCUGACAAACAAUCGGAUGUAGAUAACGAGGCUGCUGUUGCUAGGAUGAAAAGGUUUGGGUCUUCACUUUUAAGCAAGCGUUGCAACCUUGAUCGUCAGUCUGUAAAGCACGUAAAAGCGGCGUUAAGCAAUUUGCGAACUCAAAUGGAAGACCUGGACUCCUUGCUGAUCGAUCGCACUUCAUUUCAGCAUUUGUUCCACUCAAUACUAUGCAAGAUUCAGCAGUUAUUUCGUGGAGCUGGGUAUAGCCCAAAUCUUAGCCUACAAGGUCGAGCCGAAACGAUGGUAGAAGCUUCUGCGUGUACUCAGCGCGAUGGAUUCGGAGAUAAAAUAUCUAUCGAGUGCACCUUGGAGACGGUUCGACGCUUUGAAGACAUGUUUUCCAUCAACAAAGGAGCAAACUUUGUUGACAACGAUCUGUGCUUCUUUUCAAGAGACCUUCUAGACUAA